AUGAGCUCUGGUCAGUUGGCGGUUUCCAUUAAGAAUCCAAGAGGAUUUCAGAUCAAGGAAGCAAUGCAAGUUUGACGGGGAAGAGUCUGAUCGGAGGGCCCGAAGGCGUCCAUUUGGACGUGCCGGGGUUCGAAUUUGAAUUAGAAGAGAACCUGUCGGAAGAGUCGACGGAGCAGCCGGAGACGCCAGUAAUGCCACGAUUCGAAGAGUACAGACACCCGAACAUCAAGUUGUUCGUCAUGGUGAACGAGAGAGAAAGAGAUGGAGAGAGAGAAAAGCGGAGACUUUCAGACGAUGGCCAUUCUGUGCAACGUGGCAAUCUACAUCCAGGGAAUCCGGAACAUCCCUCGUCAAUACUCGACCGUUGUCUGCUCUCUCUUCCCGCUGGACGACUGUCUCAUCGAUGAAUCGCCCUCUCACCGCCAGGUUCCGUCCCCACCUCCACUUUUCCCUUUCGUUCGCACCGUUCACUGUUCAGUUCAUCGAGUUCUUCAUCCGUGUUUUCAUGGAGCUCUUGAUUCCUUUCACGCUCGUUUCCGUCUUCGUCGUCAUCCAUUUGGCGAUUUCUGUAGCUCCCGGCCUGGCGGUCCGCUUUCAGAAUCCGCUUCCGGCGCUUCUUCCAAUGAUCUAUGUCACUUGUGUCAGUUCGCGAUUCCUCAUUUCCCCAAUUAUUCUCUUUUGCAGUUCUUCUAUCUAAUCACCAGUUUCCUCGCUUCCCUUUCGAUGCUUCCUUUUCUGGCAAGCAGUUCUCGAUAUUCGGUUUGGAUGGACUACAUCUCCAACUCCGUACUGGGCAUAUUUUGGAUGUACUCCCUUCUCAACAUGCUAUGUUUCUCUCAACUCAUAAAAUACAAUUUCAUCAGAGCCAGAGAGAAGCAUUACAUGCGAAAUGCCUUCGAAGGCCCCUGA